UCCGGUGCCCCUGCUGACCCAGGCCGUCGUGGCGCCUGGACUCCCUUUGCUGCAGUUGGGCUGCCAGCAGGGACUCGGGGGAGAAAGCUGGGCAUCCUGGGGGAGUGGCGUUGGCCCAGGAGGCGGAGGUGUAACCCACCGCGACCACGCGGCAAAGCCUCUUGCUUGCAGAAAAGCCCUGUACAAAAUGAAGAUUUGGGUUUUUAGACUGGUUUAGUCAAACGUAAAUUCUUUAGGAUGGAUGUCUUUAACUCUGUUUGAAUUGUGGCUUGCAUCAAUUUGGGUCGAGGUGGCUAUUUGGUCUGGAGGUCUCCGCACAGCGUGUUUUGCUGGCACAGGGUGGCUACGAUGGUGGAGCUCAGAGCUUGGUGUCAUGACUCAGGAUCUCUCCGCCACCAGGAGCCUAGAAGGAGUUGCUGUGGACCCUGUGUACCCAGACCCUGAGGAAACGGGCGGGAUGGAUCUGGUCAAAGGAUCCCUGGACAGAAAGCUGCAGAGGCCACUCCUGGGAAAGUCCCGGACACUGCCCAGCAUCCCGCAGUCCCCGGUCCUGAGCAGGCUUCCCCUCCUGGACCCCAAGGCAUACAGGGAGGACAUGCCGGAGCAGAAGCCCUACAAGAAACACUCGCUAUCUGACUACCAGAAAGGGUGCACGGUGCCUUCCACUGGAGAGGCCUGGCGGCUGGAGGACGACUGCAUGGAGCCCCCCGGCAACCCCGACCUCCAGCUGCGGCUCCGCACGGCGGUGGACGAGGCCCCGUUCAGCUACUUCCGCACGCGCUCCUUCUACAUGAGGAAAAGCCUGUCGGUAGACAACCACCUGGGGUCCCUCGGCUACGCUCUACACCCGGCGGAGACGAAGGCCGAGCGAGUCAAAACCAAGCUCCGGAGGCAGUUCAGCCUGGGGUCAGCAGACAAGAAGGACUUUUACCAACCAAAGUCGGAAAGCAGCCUCUCUAAGUUUGCCCACCGCUUGUCGGUUAAGCAGAAGCAGGAGAAGAGAAGGAAAGCUGAGUAUGUCUCGGCCGAGCUGUCUGCCUUCCGGCCCAGGUCUCUGAGCAUUGAAUGGUCAUCCUCCCCGAAAAUGACACAGCAGAUGCGGGACCUUCAGCUGGCACAGGCCAGGAAGCCACCAGGCCCUUCAUCGCCAAAUGCUGCCAAAAGGCUCUACCGAAACCUGUCGGGGAAGUUCCGCGUCAACUACACGUCCUUCGACGAGGGCAGCCUGGCAGGCAGGAGCGAGAAGGAGAAGCUCCGCAAGUCCUACCUGUUCCAGAGCAAUGCCGCUCUCUUUGAGGCUGUGGAGCUGCAGGAUCUGGACAGGGUCCAGGAGCUGCUGAAGCAGUAUAGCCCCGAGGAGCUGGAUCUCAACACCCCGAACAGCGAGGGGCUGCUGCCCCUGGACAUUGCUAUCAUGACCAACAAUGCUCCCAUAGCCAAGGCUCUGCUCCAGGCAGGAGCGAAGGAGAGUCCACACUUCGUGAGUUUGGAGAGCCGCUCCCUGCACCUCUCCACGCUGGUGCGCGAAGCGGAGCAGCGUGUCAACGAGCUGACGGCACAAGUGGUGAAUGAGGCUCCCAACGCUGACUGCUCUGAGAAGGAGAAGCAGCUCAAGGCCUGGGAGUGGCGAUACCGGCUUUACAAGCGUAUGAAGGCUGGGUUUGAGCAUGCACGAGUGCCGGACCCCCCCACCAAUGUCCACCUCUCUGUGGCUAGCAGCUCUUCAGUGCAGGUGACCUUCUGGGAGCCCCUGAGUGUCAACUCAGCCGUCGUCACCAAGUACAAAGUCGAGUGGAGCUGCUCCCCCACCUUCUCACCACCGCUGGGAGAGGCUGUGAUAGACAAGCUGAAAAACCUGCACUUCACUAUCCGGGGACUCGUGUCGGGCACAGCUUACUACGUCCAGGUGUCUGCCUACAACAUGAAGGGCUGGGGCCCCCCCCAAACCUCAGUGCCCCCUUUUGCCAUCCCCUCAAACUGGCGGGAGUACGACGGCAGGGCCCCACGGCGAAGGGGGCAAGCUGAAGCUUUGGACCAUCUGCUGAGCCAGGUGAAGACCGUCCACCAGCACUGCGUUUGCCAUGAGCCCUGCAAGAACCAGGCACAGAGCAGGAAGCACUCGGUCUCCAAGAGCCUCAAACACCUCUUCCACCCUGGCAGCAAGUUUCUCAAGACCCUGAAGAGGGGUCUCUACCUGACAGCUGUCUUCUACAAGGAUGACAACAUCCUGGUGACCCACGAAGAUCAGAUCCCAGUAGUGGAGAUAGAUGACACCUACUCCUGCCUGCUCAUGCAGGAUUUUCUGUGGUUUACCAAGGUGUCAUGCAUGUGGGACGAGAUCCUGUGGCUGCGUCAGUGUGUCACCGUUUCCCAGUCAUCCUGUUCCUGCAUCCUGCAAACACGCUUCAAGAUGCUGCUGGCCACCUCACAGAUGCAGGGGCUGCUGGGAAUCCAGGACCUGGGACAGGUCUUCUUUGAGCCCAUCAAAGACAAGCAGGGCAACAUCCUCAUCGUGACCCUGAAGGAGGUGAAAACUAACCAGACCUUUGAGAGUGUCCGCUGGGUUCCCAUCUGCAAGCUGCAGACAAGCCGCAAGUCCGUGUCCUCCCCAGAAGAGCCCACAGCUCUGGAUACGCUGCUGAUCACAGUGCAGGACAAACUGGCUUACCACCGGAGGAGCAGCCAUGCCCUCUCCCCUGGCCUCUACCUGGGCUACUUGAAGCUCUGUAGCGCUGUGGAUCAGAUCCGAGUGCUGGUGCCAGAGCGGCUCCCCAACAUCCUGUGCCACGUGAAGAUACGCUCCAACCCCAACAUUUCCAGGGAGGAGUGGGAAUGGCUGCAGAAGAUGGUCAGCAUGGACGAGCCUGUUCCCACGGAGCCAGAGGCUGAGAUGUCCCAGAACCAUUUGUUUCAGGAGCUCCAAGUAGCCAUCAAAGAGCUGAUGACCCUGGUGAACAUCCCGUUGCAAGAGGCCAAAGAUUUCCGUUUGUACAGCCAAGAAGUACUGGACUUUGGGGGUCAGGUCUCCUUCCUCCUGCUGCUGCCUCCAUCGGACGAUGUCUGCACUGCUCCAGGCCAGAACAAUCCCUAUACCCCUCGUUCUGGCUUCCUUACACUGCCGCUGCAGAUCUUUGAGCUAGUCCACUUCUUCACAUACGACCGGGAGUUCAUCACCCAGUACUGCCAGGUGUCUGCCCUCCUGGAACUGGAGUCGCUCCUCUCUCAGCAGAGCCUCAGGGAGGCCUUCUCUGAUGCUGAGCUCACCACAGCGAAACAGAGGCACCAGCAGGUUCAGGACUACAUCCAGCAAAUGGAGGAGAUCUGGCGUGAGAUGCGCUGGAUUAUGGAUGCCCUGCAACAUGCCCGGUACAAGCAGCCCUCCUGCGGUGUGUCUCUCACCGGGUUCCUCAGUGAAUCUAGCAGUGCAAUGAAAGAGAAAACACGAUCCACCUCAUCCCACCUAGACUACCUUCCCUCACCAGCACCUUCACCAGAGACCAGCCGUAAGCUCAACUCCGACUUGCAUGGGUUGUCAGAUGAGGAGGGCUCCUCAGAGGUGUUCCUGGCCACGGACAGUGACUAUGAUUCCAGCAGGGCCCAAAGCCCUAAGGAGUUAGACUUGGUUUACUCCUCCUCGGGGCCCGAAUGCUGCAGCAGAAGAAUUGCCCGCACUCUCAGGGACAGUGCCCCUGAUGUUCUGCAGACCCAUGAACUCAAGACCCCGCCACUGCCUCUGGAGGAGCCGCGGCCACCCCCCGAGCUCUACGACAGCGACUUUGUCCUGCCCAGCAGGCAGAUUGAGCUGCUUCGCAUCACGGAGAAGCGUCAGGCCUACUGUGUUCGUACCAGCAGCCUGGACUUCCCCAAGCCGCUCUUCCAGGUGGCCAGGAAAUCCUGCCCCGGCUCCGUUGACAGCUCCCCGACAGAGAGCAGGACAGCAGGCCACUGCAGCCUGCUCAGGCUGGGGACUGGCUCCACUCUGAGCCCCGAGCACAGCCAAGCUGGGGAAAGCUCUGAGCCCAUCUUCCGGACACGCUCAGCAGAAUGGACUCAGAGCUUCCAGGAGCCACCAGAGCAGCAAGGAUGCUUAGCGAACCGAGGAAAGAAGCCGGGCUCUGUCACCUUGCGGGUCUGCCCUCAGUAUGAAACCGGACUCUCUAAAGAGACGAGUGUCAAGCUGCACAUCACCAACCAGACAUCUGCUGGGGAGAUAGUGAAGCUGGUGGUGCUUGAGAUGAACGAUGUCUCCCGGAACGUCCUGGGCAGCAUGGCUGCUCUCUGCUACAGCGAGGAGCAGCUGGAGCACUUUGGACUGGUGUUCGCAUCCAACGACAGUGAGCAGUGGCUACCUGAUGACUUCCUGCCACUCUCACUUCAAACUACCUGGCCCGAGGGGCAGUUCUACGUUCGUAUCAAAGAAACCUCCCCUCUGGUGUUCCAGUACGGGCCAGCAACCACCGUAUGAGAGGAGGAGAGCCGACCAGGGGAAACUUGAGGGACCUCAACUUCCAAUGAGCAAACAGCUCGUCUCUGAUGCUUCCUUCUUAUACAGACACCCUCUCAUCAGACAUCCACAGAGUGGAAUAGGAUCAUACUGGGCUGUGUGUUAUUUGUUUGUGUUUUUUUUUUUAACCAAAGAGACAUCAAGACUCAGUUUUUCUGACUGCAGAAGACAAGGGUGGAGUGCAGAGACCUCAGAGCUUGGGAGGAAUCUUUGCUGGAAUGGAAUUUUUGAAAGUAAACAUUUAUUAAGGGGAAAGGAGGGGAGAGAGAGGGAGAGAGUGGAAAAAUAUUACAAGAAGAAGCAGCAAUACCUAACUUUUCUUUUCCUCUUCUUUUCUUUUCUUCCCCCCCCCCCCCAAAUCCUUGUUUGAGAUUCACUGAAGGAAGAGCCACAGAAGAUUUUGGGGGGCGGGGGGGUGUAGUGUUAAUGAGGAGAGGGAGCAAUUCACAAGGACAACAUAGAGAAGGUUGUUUUCCUAACUGUCCUCGUUUCACUGUACCUGGAGAAACAAAUCUUGCACAUAAUUCUCAGAACAAUUUUUUUUCCUUAAAAAACAAAAUUGUGCUAGAGACACUGGAGUCGUGUAUGAGAUGAAGACCCUUUUUACUUGUUCUAAAGGCAAAAGGAAACCAUGCAGACACACAUGCACAUACACAUGUACACAACUGUGUUGGUAUCACCACUAGAGGUUUGCUAUAGGGCAUCUACUGCAACACACUUAGUACCACCUUGGGAUUUCCUUUCCUCUCUUGGUUGCCGUUUUGUUCUGGUGAUUGUGAUUGGCCUCUCUUGUAUGUCCUAUAGCAUGACAUUUUGUUAGCAACUAGGUCUCUUGUUAACAAGGUUAUUUUUUUGAUCUAAUGUGGUCCAUAGUAAAGAUGACUGCUGCUGAGAACGUA